AUGUCAUCGGAGGAAAUGAUAGCCAACCUGAACUGUUCACCAACCUCAUCCUCAGUCGAGCAAACAAAAGUCGAGCAGAGCAUCAGUCCGCUGGAGCAGAGUCACAGUCCGCCGGGCACGGGCUCGAGCUCGCUGGACGAGUUCCUGACGGCACGCUUGGCCGCCCUGCCCGACGAGAAAGAGGAACGGCCGUCGUUAUCGUACAAAGAUCUGAUAAUUGAAGCGAUCGAGAGCAGUCCCGAGAAAAGGCUAAAGCUCAGCGAAAUCUACCAGGUGAGUAUGUUGUUGUAAAGGUUAUUAUAUUUGAAAAAGCAAUUUUUGAAUUUUAAAAUUAUAAGGUAAAGUCGAAUGUCUUUUACAAGAUCGUAUAAAGGAAAGUGUUUCUUCGUAUCAUAUGUAGAAACUGCAAUGUAAGCCUUUGUUAAUUUGGAAGGGAAAGUAUUCGUCUUGUCACAUAAACGUCGCAAGUUAUCUUUGUCACACGAAUUAAUUUCGACAUUAUGUUUACAUAACUCCUUGCAAAUUGUUUUUUGUAUUCAUAUACUUUCAGUCCUAAUCCGUUUUGAUGUUUUUACAGUAAGAUUAAACUAAUACUCCAUUUGCAGGUAAUUCGUUAUCUCCAUCCUUACUACCGCAAGCGAGCUGACCAAUGGGGAUGGCAAAACUCGAUACGUCACAACCUCAGUUUGCACGAUUGUUUUGUGAAGCUGCCUUUGAAACAGACUUCCGCCAGCGGCGUUGUAGGUAAGAGAAACACCUCCCAUCAAAACUGGUGUAUUUAAACCAUUCACAUCCGUUUGUACUAAGGUAACCAUCUUACUUUAAGGUCACUUCUGGACAGUAGUCCGAGACAACGAGGACAAACAAGGAUCGUCGAGAAGGCGGAACAGGAACGGCACUAAACUGACAAGGUGCUCUAGCGGCAAGCUCGGCGGAAUCAACAACAACAAGAAAGGUCGACUCAGUGUGAAUAUCGAGAAUGGCAUUAUGAGCGACGAAAGCCAGUCCAACUCGCCUACCGUGAUGCUACUGGAUGUAGCACGAAAAGAAAGCGGGCUUCUGAACAGCGUGUCAUCAGCUCCCCAACUUCACAGGCCGAUCCCAUCAUACUUGGCCGAAAUGAACGAAGCCCAACUCACACAGCCCAACCUUCUGGCAGCCGUCGCCUUGAGUCAGCUGGCUAACCAUGCCCCAAACACACAGACUGCCAACUUAGUCGAAACGUCGCCGGAUCCUCGGAUCACGCCCAAUCCAUCACAAUCCAUAUUAUCAAGGCUCGCGCUGUCUGCGCUACUGGAUGAACAGAAUGUCGUCACGUCGACCGCACCUACCACUAGUCUCGUGAAUCCUCUGCUAAAUCAGUUGGUACCCAAUGUAAGCGACCAGCUACAGCGACUUCAACUCUUGAACCUGUACUUAUAUCAACAGGGGCUGAUACAACAGCUGGUGGAUAACAUAGCCGUCAACCAACAACAACAGUCCGCACCGUCGUUGGCAACCAACGUGCUGACGCAGCUGCUCCUGAACCGAGUACAACAAAACAAGUCGCCCAUCAUUCCACUGUCACUGGCUUCGACCGUAGUACCAACGAGUUCAGAAGUUGUGGUAUCACAACCAGCGCCAGUUGUCGCAACCACUCAGCCUGAAGAACUGAGCCAGCUACAACAACAACUUCUGAAUCUGGUGGGUCAGCUUCAGCAGAAUGGUCAAAUGAAUGGCGUGCCAGUAACACCGCCUAUCAACGGCUCCAUUUCAGCUUCAGUAUCAGACAGUCCCAGCAAGGACAACCUUGUGGCCAUCUAA